AAAGUAUGUUGACGGUGACCGUCUACCGUAGCAAUUUAUGGGCGUUAUUUUAUUUAUUUAUUUAUUAUGCGUUGAUUAAUUUGAAGAACAAUAUGCAUUUAGAAUGGCUCUCCAAUCGCGCGUAAUUUAAUUCAGGAGGUUAUACAAACUUUCAGUGUAGCAGGUUACAUAGAAAGCAAUCAGUGAUCGGAAGUCAACUCUCGGUCUGUCUCUAUUGACCAAUUCAUUUAUUUUAUUUGAAUACACACAUUUGCUUUACAUAGAUGUUAUAGACUUCACUGAUAUGGAUGUUCGUUUGGAAAACCACGACAAUACUGCUGCUGCGGGCUUGAGUCCAGAAAUGCUGUCAGUUGCACGGGAAGCCUUCCGUGCUGGGGACUUCAACCUCCUUGCUGAGAUCUACAGCUCGCAGCUGGCGGACCUCCGACACCCGGACCGGASCCUCUGCCUCCUCAAAGCGGACGCGCUCAGCAGGGCUGGGCGGAUAGCGGAGGCUCUGGAUUCAUACUGCACCGCCGCCAACUUGGACAAGUUACGACCAAACGAACUAGGGUCUCUCGUUGACUGUAUUGCACACACUUUGCGCUUAAAAGAAUGCCUAAAAGAAUGCACAGACCCCAAUGGGGUUUCCGAGGAUGAGCAUUCGUUGGACCUGUUCUCAUGUCGGCUUUGCAAGUGCUUGUUAAUCGAGCCAACAACUUUGGAAUGCGGCCAUACAUUCUGCAAACCAUGCAUUGAAGAUGACGGUAUCAAAGAAUGUGAAUUAUGUCGUUACAAACUGAACAAAACAAAUAGAGAAUUAAAGCCAAUCGGUUUUAAAGUGAAUGUAGUACUCAGUGGCCUGUUGGGUAAAUGGUUUUGCGCAGAGAGUGAAGCAAGACGAUGCUGGCUUGAAGGGGAUAGAAUGCGGAAUGAACAGGGCUUUAUCAACGCCCUUGAAAAAUACAACAACGCUCUUGAAAAAGCCCCCUAUAUGUGUGGGCUGCUGGCCCGACGGGCAGAGCUACACAUGGAGAUGAACAGCUUCAGACAGGCCCUACAGGAUGGAGACGCCAUGUGUCGACUGACGCCCCUCUCUCCCAAGGCUCACUACGUGAAGGCCCUGGCUCUGAACAAAGCCGGUUAUAAUGAAGAGGCCCUGCAAGAAUACUUCUACUGUCUGGCUUUGAAGCCAGACUGGACCUCAGUCAAGCUGGAAACGCAAAAGUUAAGCUACUCCGCUGUGUUUCUAUACCAUUGAAGUUGUAUUAAAUUGAAUUAGUUAGUUCACCGAACCAGUUACGCAACCACUUGUGUGCCCGAUUGACUGCGACGACGGCCAAUCACUGUCUAUGUCUCUUUCCCCCUGUAGAUGCUGAGUGAGAUGUUCUCCACGUUCAAGACGGACGGUCUCCCCACGUCAUCACUCCGCCUCCACCAAACAGGCCCCGCCUCCCACCUCAAACCAGCCUCCCUUCUCUUCGACUCCCUCCAUUCCACCYCUCGUAGAUGGAGCCAAACCCCUACUGGCCGUAGAGACAGUUUGUCUGACACCGGAGCAGAGACCAAGUCCUCAUGUGAGGACUCMAAGACCCUGGCUUGUGUCCUGGCUGCCUUACCUCUCCCCCCUGUUCUAAAGAGGAAGCUCUCAGACGAGCCCCAAGGCUCUGCACCCCCCAACAAGCUGCCCAGAAAAGUCUUGUGUUCAGAUGAGUCAAGCUCAUCCCAGAUGCCUGCUGCUUGUUGCAUUGAGAGGAGAGAAGUGCCCCCUCAGCUCCUGGAUAGUGCUGACAUGGACUGCUCUGUUUGUAUAAGGCUGUUCUACGAGCCAGUCACCACCCCCUGUGGACACACCUUCUGCAUGAAGUGUCUUGAGCGCUGUUUGGACCACAACCCCAACUGCCCGCUGUGUAAAGAGAACAUUACAGAGUACCUGGCCACUAGAGGGUACCAUAAGACCCUGCUGAUGGAGGAGGUGCUGCAGCGCUACCUGUCUGAGGAGCUGGCUGAGAGGAGCAAGGUGUACCAGGAAGAAAUGGCAGAGCUGUCAAACUUGGCCCAGGAAGUGCCCAUCUUCAUCUGCACCAUGGCCUUUCCCACAAUUCCCUGCCCUCUGCAAGUCUUCGAGCCGUGUUAUAGGCUGAUGAUCCGACGCUCUAUGGAGACGGGAAYCAAGCAGUUUGGAAUGUGCAUCGCUGACGACAUCAAAGGCUUCGCAGACUACGGCUGCAUGUUGGAGGUGACAGACGUGAAGUUCCAACCAGACGGGCGCUCGGUGGUCGACACGGUCGGAGUGUCCCGCUUCAGAGUGCUGAGCCACGGCCACCGUGACGGCUACAACACAGCCAAGAUAGAGCACCUGGAGGACCAGAAGGUGGAUGGAGAGGAGCUGGCGGAGCUGCAGAAGCUGCAUGACUUUGUGUACGAGCAGGCCAGCACCUGGUUCACCUCCCUCAAAGACAACAUGAAGAACCAGAUCGUCAGUCACUUUGGACAGMUGCCUGAAAAAGACCCUGACAUACAGGGGAGUGCCAGUGGUCCUGCAUGGUGUUGGUGGCUGCUGGCUGUACUGCCCCUGGAGAAGAGAGCCCAGCUAAGCAUCCUGGCCAUGACCACCCUCCGAGAGCGCCUCAGCACCACCCGCCGCGUGCUCAGCCUCGUCACACGCAAACACCCUCCACCGCGGCGACCAUCUUCAGCAGCGGCAGCAUCAUCAUCACUGUAGUGGCCCCCUGAGAGGUGAUCAGUUUAGAAUAAUUUGGGCCCAGUUAGGCGAAAUCCAGAUUGUCAAAAGUUACCUAUCGGCUAGGAGUAAAUGYAUAGAAAUAUAAUGAAUAGAACGGGAGUCCCCGUUGAAGUCGGUUAUUUUUMUGUUCUAUUCAUUAUAUUUCUAUGCAUUAGAUAGACAAAAUCUGAUAGACAAAUCUGAUAGACAAAAUCCGGAUAGAUCCUUUUUGGAAAACUGGGCCCUGGAGAAGAAGGGAGAAGAUACUCCAUUUCUCAGAAGCUCUAGCCUCAGAUAAAGAGUUUCAACAGUGGGAAUGAUUCAGCAGUGUUGUUCAUGAUCUCAGGAAUGGGUUCUACUUGAGUCUUACAAAAAGGAUUGAUGGACUAGCCCUACCCAACCAAAACGCAUAAAUGGGUGUCAGGUUUGCGCACAUAUCUUUGGGUCAAUUUCAUUAAGUCCAGUUUUGUCAUGUGUAUGUGUGGUACAUUAGGUUUAUUUUGUUAUUGUUUUAUUGUUGGCCUGUGUUCAAAUGAGGCCUUAAAUUAUUUUUGCAAUAUUUAUUUUCUACUAUUUGUCAUGUGAAGCCAAUUUUCAUGUAUAGAAAUUUAGCAUUUUUCUAUGGGACAUAGCACAGACAUUGUAGUAGCACCAAACAACCACAAGGUGGCAGUAAGUGUGAGCAAAGAGGAUCAGUGCAGACAACCCUACAUUUGAACAGGUGUUUUUUGCGGAAGACAGAUCCACCCCUUUCCUCUCUGUCACAAAAACAAUGGACAGUAGGACAACACCCCUGUCAUUCAACAGCCUAGUUUAGUUAAAUUAAUCAAAGCUUGAUGAAAUAUAGUAAGMCUAAAUCAUGUCUUUAUAAGUGGCUUCAUAGCUCGUCAACCAUCUUGAUUAAUUAACCAAUGAUUUUCAGCUCGUUCAAUUGCCCAGAUACACAUCGGAACUAAUGUUUUCAGCCUCUCCAUGGUGUGUUUUCCCAGCUGUGUUCUGAUCUAGCCAGACUGGUCACAGGAGCUGAAGUUGGUUUGUCCCAGGUUGAAGUCCCWUAAGGGAAUGUUCAUCAUUGGAUGCUGUACAGCAGGGGUGUCAAACUCAUUCCACAGAGGGCCAAGUGAUUGCAGGUUUUCUGUUUUUUUCCUUUCAAUUAAGACCUACACAACCAGGUGAGGGGAGCUCCUUGCUAAUUAGUGACCUUAAUUCAUCAAUCAAGUACAAAGGUGGACCGAAAAGCUGCAGACGCUCUGCACUCUGUGGAAUGAGUUUGAUGUGCUGUACAGUAACUAUUAUUAUUUUUUUUUUUACAGUAACAAUGAGGCCAAGUGGUGUUUCUUUCCACUGUGCUGUUGUGAGGUAUGCAUAGACACUCACCUUCUUAGUUAUCUACAUAAGUCUAUUCCAAAAUCACACAGUGGGUCUCUUUCCCCCCACAACCAGAGGUUGUCAAGAGACCUGGGCAAAGGCACAAAAUAUGCCAUAUUCCAAAUUGUAAGGACUGGUGUACUCUGUGUGGUCACCACAUUAAAAGCUUCUGUGACUUGGCAUAUUUCACCCACACAGUCAGAUCUUGGAGAAGCAGCCAGGUGAGUAAUUUGGGUUACUUAAAGUCAGAACCGGAGACAUGUCAUAUUUGUAGACAAUGAGUCACCUCCGUGCUCCGUCAUCACCAUGUUGGAAUGAUCUGGAUUCUCCCGAAUUGAAUCAUUACCAAACCCUCUUGAUAAACACACACGCCRUCAUUCUCCCAGACCAGUGGAGGUUGCUGAGAGGAGGACGGGUCCUAAUAAUGGCUGGAACGGCGCAAAUGGAAUGGCUUCAAACCAUGUUUGAUGUAUUUG